AUGGCGGUGUCUGGCAGCAGAGACAGCUGUGUGAGGAAGAGACGUGUGGACAGCAGCAAAGCGGAGACUCACUUUGUUAACAGCAGUAAAGACAAUGGAGCAAACACAGACACAGACACGGAGAAAGAGAAGACGCUGCCGUCCUUACACACCGGGACUUACUGGCUCACUCGUAUCGUGCUGCUGCGUGCAGUUGCCUUUAUUUACUUUGUGGCAUUCAGCGUUGCUUACAACCAGAAUAAGCAGCUGAUAGGCGAGGAUGGACUGAUGCCCUGCAAGAACUACCUCAACAGCGUCAAGCGCUACGUGGGGGGGAAGAUAGGCAUGGCCGCCCUGGCGUACACGCCCUCCAUCCUCUGGUUCCUGGACUGGAGCCACAUGGAUGCCAACCUGGAUGGCAUUGCUCUGUUGGGGAUGGCGCUGUCUGGGUUUGUCCUGGUGACAGGAAUGGCCAACAUGGUGAUCAUGGUAGCGCUGUGGGUGCUUUACCACUCCCUGGUUAAUGUGGGGCAGCUGUGGUACUCCUUCGGUUGGGAGAGCCAGCUGUUGGAGACGGGCUUCCUGGCCAUUUUUCUGUGUCCGGUGUGGAGUCUGUCUCAGGUCCCCCGCCGCUGUCCCCCCUCCCUCAUCUGCAUCUGGACCUUCAGAUGGCUCAUUGUUCGCAUCAUGCUUGGAGCCGGUCUCAUUAAAAUCAGAGGCGACAAAUGCUGGAGAGACCUCACCUGCAUGGACUAUCACUAUGAGACCCAGCCUGUUCCUAACCCUGUGUCUUACUACUUGCAUCGGUCUCCGUGGUGGAUCCACCGUUUCGAGACGUUAUCAAACCACUUCAUCGAGCUCAUUGUCCCCUUCUUCACCUUCAUGGGAAGGCGGAUGCGCAUAGUCAACGGAGUAAUCCAGAUCCUGUUCCAGGUAGUCCUGAUAAUAAGCGGGAACCUCAGUUUUCUCAACUGGCUGACCAUUGUUCCCAGUCUGGCCUGUUUUGAUGAUGCAUCACUGGGCUUCUUGUUUCGCUCUGGAAGUGGAGCCAAGAAGGCUGUGCUGGAGAUACAGAAUGAGGAUGCAGCUGGACGCACCCCCGAACCCAACAAAGGUAUGCUGAUACGUCGGGUGGUGAACGUGUCUUUGGGCGUUCUGAUUGGCUAUCUGAGCAUUCCCGUUGUGAUGAACCUGCUGAGUUCCACACAGGUGAUGAACACCUCCUUUGAUCCGCUGCGCAUCGUCAACACCUACGGGGCCUUUGGCAGCAUCACAAAGGAGCGUACUGAGGUGAUUUUCCAGGGCACUCUGAGUCAGGAUCCCAAGGACCCAGAGGCGAUUUGGGAGGAGUACCAGUUCCUGUGUAAGCCAGGAGAUAUUUACCGGCAGCCGUGCCUCAUAUCACCCUACCACUACCGCCUGGACUGGCUUAUGUGGUUCGCUGCCUUUCAGACCUAUGAGCAGAGUGAGUGGGUGAUCCACAUAGCAGGACGCCUGCUGGCCAAUGACACCGCAGUCCUCUCCCUGCUCGACCACAACCCCUUCCAAGGUGGAGACCCUCCCAGGUGGGUUCGAGGGGAACAUUUCAGGUAUAAGUUCAGCAAGCCGGGCACUGACAGUGCAGCGCAGGGUAAGUGGUGGCUGAGAAAACGUAUCGGAGCUUACUUCCCUCCUUUGGACCUGGAAGGACUCAGGGGCUACUUCCAGUCCAGGAACUGGCCACACCCACUUAUACGGCGUAAAAGGAACUAAAAGCAUGACCCUCUGACAUGACCUCAGACUGCAGAACCAAGAGGUAAACAGAGGACUACAGAGGUUAUGCUUGCUAAGGGAUCACUGUAAGUUCAGUUUGAAUGGUGGAGUUGGAGACAGCUUACCAGGACCAAGGAUGUGCCAUCAGGCUUUUUCAGAUUCUAAGGUUUGCUGCUUGAUCAAACUUUUUUGAAACUGAACAUCCUGACAUUUGAAUAUGACUGUUGACUGCAAUUUCAUAAUUAAAACAGGUCGACCAAUCAGGGUGUAGCCAUCAAUUGUAUUUGCCCUUCUAUGCCCUUAACCCCACCCACACAAAAAAACCCAACAUUUUUGUACUGUAUUGAUAAUUUGUCUCUACCUGAUUUCUGUACAUAUUGACACAAAGAUUAUUUUAGAUAUGCUGCUGUAUCUGACCAGUUUAGCUGUAGUUUAGAACAGGUUCAGCUAAACCUAAUUCUCACAUCAAGCCACACCAUCAAGCCACCGUGCUAUUACCUGCUGUCAGAUCAUCUGUCGUGCCCCUGUAGCCAAAGUGUCCAUCCUCUGUUCUUCCUUGUUUGGAUUUAUUUGCCUCCGCUGAAUGCUUGCCAAUUGCUGACAUCUGCCUCAUUAUUCCUACCUUCUUGAUUGCUUGCAUCGCAACAUCUGGAUUUACACUGCAGGAGGCUAAAGACAGAGGUAAGGUGCAGAACUACCAGAUUGUUAUUUCACCAACAUAAAUGAUGUUGGUGAAAUAAAUUUGGAAAUGCCAGCUAUGAUGCUAAAUAUAGAAAUUUUGCAUUUUGUCAUCUGCACUGCCCUGAGUUUUCUCUGCCAACUUCCCCAUGGUGCAUCUUCAGUCAGGUAGCAGAGACCUCUGUCAGCUGCUUAAACUCUGCUGACACCAACACACAUUACAAGGUUAACUGGACAAAUACACACAGAAAUGGUAUCUGACAUCUAACUUAACAAUUCUGAUUAUUAACCCACAAAAUAAUAAAACAUAAUGUAAUUAGGAUACCAUUAAGCCAUGCCAUGCUCUUCCAUAUCCAAUAUGGAGACGUUUGCCUCUUCUUUUCUCUUUUCUCUUCUUGGGACUGUUCUUCUUUGUUAUGCUGCAGCUAAGCCUUUUUUCCCUUUUUUCCAAAGACAGCCCUGAAUGAACAAUAACAGUUCAACCUUUCAUUGAUGCUGAGAUAAAUCAUUAUAUUUUCUUAGAAACAUGUUCAAUGAUGUGAACAUAAAGUAUCUAUGGAGCCACUUUAUCUCAUUGUUUACCACAUUUCUUUACUGGACUAGUCUUUCUCAUCUGUGGGGCUGUUUCUCUUCUUUUUGUCACCCUGAGGUUCCUCUAGGUGAAGAUUUAGGUCUUGAGAUUCAUAGUCAUGAAAGAAAGAAAGAAACUUGAACACUUGAACACUUCUCUUUGAUGAAAAACAGACCUCAAAUCAAAUUUGGUUUGAGUUUAAUGUUCAUUAUCACAUACAUAUCAAUUUUACUCAAAUCAUCUGAAGUUUUAACUGUGAAACACAAAGUUAUUUCUAUGUAGUUAUUUUUGGGAUAAUUUUGUAAUCCAUUUAACUGUCCUGCCUGAGUCUGGAUGCUUUGUGACAGUUUAUACUAACAUCAUAUAUUAACACAGACUAUUAGCUUCACCCUCGGCAGGUAUGUGUCGUGUUUAAAGAAUAAGGGAACAUUUAAAGAACAAUUUACAAUCAUUUUACUGUAUUUGUUUAUUAUAUUUGUAGGAGAAAGCAGGAAAACCACACCAAAUGAUGUCAUUUAUAUUUUUUGCAGCAUUUUGGCAGAACUAGAUUUUAAACAACUCAGGAAAAUAAACCUAAGAUUUUACUGCAGCAUGUAUUUUAAUGCUAUAUUUUGGCGACGAAAAACCCUGUAAAUACAAAUUGAUAAUAUAUUAUUAUGCUUGUAGGCUACUGGUCUUUAUAAUGAAAAAGAACAUGAUUAAAAUAUACAGAUAUGGGUUGGUAAAUCAUCAAAAGUAAUGCUUUUAUUCUGUUACGAGUAGAAAAUGUGGUAUCAUGUCGGCCUGUUUGUAUUUCAUGCCAAUUUUCAGUUUUUUUUAUUAGUUAAUUCAUUUUUAAUUUUUCAAUAUGAGAUUAUUUGUCCUUGUUCCAGAUUUGAACACUGUGCAUUUUUGUAAUUUGGGCCCCUUACAGAGUUCACUGUUGUAAAAUGUGUUAGUUUGAAAAUGUCACUCAAAACACUGUUGCAAUAUGUUGCAAACCUCUUAAAUGAAUAAAUCUUCUGUCUUCCAUGCUGAAA